AUGAAGUACGCCGUUGCUACCAUUGCCGCCCUGGCCAGCCUGUUCAGCCAAACCCUCGCCUUGAAAAGCACCGGAGUCUACGAGAUCCAAUCCGCACGCUCUGGAGAUGUUUGGGGGAUCCAACAAGCAAUCGGUCUCAAACAUCAGGUUGAGCUGGUACACCCAGAAGGCAAAAAAGCUGAGCACUGGCGUCUAGUCGCUUCCGGUCCCGACUUCUUUAUACAAAACAUCUACACCGAGGGGAUGCUUGCAUGCGACCAUCAGUGCAAAGUGGACACGCUUGGAAACGAUGCGCAGCUUUUCGGAGUCAUCCAGAAUAAUGAUGACACCUUCACCUUCCACCCCUCGGGAACCCCGCUAGUGGUAGCAGCUGGGGAGGGAGCUGACUUGGAGGCCCAACAUUCGGAUCCAUCAGUCGAUGCGGCCUUCCUUCUUCGUCCAAUCGACAGCGAGUGUGAGUCACUAUAA